UUCACUGCAUAGUCAUGAAGAUCUGCUACCUACCGAUAUUUUUGGCUGUGGCCUCUUUCAGUAUGCCUGGCGUCAAAGCUAGAAAUUUAGGGGCCGUAAGAAUAAUGAACAGCCAAGUAAGUGCAGUGAUAAGUACAGUGAUGUUACUGAUAAUUCCUUCUGAGGCGAUGACACUGUUUACUGGGAACACCCAUGAGACGCUCUCUAGGAACUCUAUGGAACUUCCAUCAAGUGGCCCUAUCGCACCACUGGGAAGGACUCGGCGAUCCAGCAUUGCUUGGGAAUCACAACUUAAGAGAAUUCAAAAUGAAGUGGAAACUCUUGAGAGGAUGGUUGAGAGCAGCCCAGUCAAUCGUCACAUGGAGAAGGUCUCCAGAGUCGAGAGAGGCACUGAUGAGAGUAACGAUGAAGACAGUGCAGAUGUAGGGGGUAAGGCUAUGGAGGUUGCCGGGAAAGGGGCUGCCAUGGCAGGGAACGGUAUGCAGAUGGCAGAGCAAGGAGCUAAAAUGGCCUCAGACGGGGCUCAGGGGGCUAAAGCAGGAGCCGAUGCCCUAGGGAAUGGUGCAGAGAUGGUGGGAAAGGGAGCAGAAGUUUUCGGGGCGGCCGCCCAGCAAGGCCAGGAUGUCGCCACCUCAUUUUCUGGAUAGACCAUUCCAUGUCGAGAAUAAAGUAUUUUGAUACUUCACUGACUCGCAUAACUCAUAACAGUGAGAACAUUUGGUAUCUUUUUCUUUAUUUUCUCAAAUAACUAUGUUUGUUCAAUAUUAAACUUCAAAUGGGA